AUUUUCACAGAUGUUGAGGCUCUAUGAAAAUUUGGCAUAUUAUAAAAUGCAUGUAUAAAAUGCUUUAGAAUGUUCAAACCAGUAAGAGUUUUACAAUAAUGCCCCCUCCUAGGCAGAGGUAAUGUUGCUAGCAGUGGCAAUUUAUCAAAACUAUUUCCAAAUCUUCUAUGUGAAAAAGUGAACAUUUCUACCAUGCAUUGAUUAAAAUUUAGCAGGGUCACUCAGGAGCCAGAUGAAAUUGCUUUGUGGGACACAUUUCAACUGGAAAUCCUAUCCCUGAUGCACAGAAACAGUGGUUUUCUGACAAUGUUCUGAGAAACCCUGGGGUUACUUGGAAACUUAUUAGGGAUGUUCAAUGAGAAGAUCACAGACAAGCCUGCCUGAAGGUCAGCAUGUGCACCAUUACCCAGCAGCGUGCAUUUACACAUACAAGUCUACAUCUGUAUUGCUACUUAUUAGGGAUUUGCUUAAUUUAAGUGAGCAGGAGCCUUUUUGUUGUCGCUGCUAACUAGGAAUCAGACACUCUUGUCAAUCUACCGCAAAUCUUUAAGCAGUUUAACAGUAGAUCUGGAUCUACUUUUCUGGGACAACAGUCGUGCUCAAUUGUAGUGGUUCUGGCUGAAGUGAUCAAGGCAUUUGGUUCACCAGAAAAUGCCCAGCGCAUGGAGGAGGCAAGGGAGAAUGCCUGCAAUGACAUGGGCAAGAUGCUCCAGUUCUUGCUGCCUGUGGCUACCCAGAUCCAGCAGGAUGUGAUCAAAGCCUAUGGGUUCAGUAAUGAUGGGGAAGGAGUCCUAAAGUUUGCCCGAUUGAUAAAAUCUUAUGAGUCUCAGGAUCCGGAAAUUGCAAGCAUGUCUGGGAAGUUAAAAUCCAUGUUCCUCCCUCCGAUGACUCUGCCUCCACAUGGGACUGGGACAGGGGGUGUUGCAGCAUCAUGAAGCUGGCAACUUCUGCUGCCUUUGCCUAUCUGAAUUAUGUAACUGUCCUUGCUGCAGUGUUAGAAUUAACUGGAUUCUGGGAGAUUCUUUUCUUUCCGUGUCAUGAGAGAUGUUUUUGACUCCUGUGUACAGCCCUUGUUUUGCAUUAUGUAUGAAUUAUUUUUGUGCUUGUGAAUUAAAAAAAAAUUGUAAAUA